AAGGUUAGUUGGGAAAUCCUGGAAUAUAUGAUACAGAGGAUGGGAUUCUGUGACAAGUGGAGGAAGUGGAUCGGAGAGUGCUUAAGAACAAGCCUUGUAUCAGUUCUGGUCAAUGGUAGCCCAACAAAGCAAUUUAGUGUGUCAAAAGGUCUUAGACAAGGAGAUCCCCUAUCACCCUUCUUAUUCCUAAUCAUUGCGGAAGGUUUAAAUGGGCUGGUAUCAAAUGCAACUCAAAAAGGAUUGUUGGAGGGAGUCGAAGUGGGAAGCAGAGGUCUGAAAUUGUCACAUCUUCAAUUUGCAGAUGACACAAUCCUAUUUGGAGAAGCUACUGAGAAAAAUGUCCUAGCAAUGAAAGGAAUUCUGAGAGCAUUUGAAAUCGUCUCUGGACUUAAGGUCAGUUUUAACAAAAGCCAACUGAUGGGAAUCUGUGUACAAGAGGAAUGGUUGGAUAGAAUGGCAUGGCUGUUGUGCUGCAAAAAAGGAAGUAUGCCAUUUAAGUAUCUAGGAAUCCCUAUCGGGGGGAAUCCGAGGAGAAUAGCCUUCUGGAAACCAUUGCUGGAAACCUUCAACAAGAAGCUUCACACUUGGCAGGGUCGGUUUCUUUCUCUUGGUGGUCGGAUAACUCUUAUUAACUCAGUACUGUCCAACCUCCCCGUGUUUUGGAUGUCAUUGUACCUAGUCUCGAAAGGUAUGAUUCUUUUAAUUGAUAAAAUUCAUAGAAGAUUUUUGUGGGAGGGGUCUGAGGGAGGGAAGAGGGUUAAUUGGGUUAAUUGGGUUAAUUGGGGGCAAGUCUGUAAAGGAAAAGAGAGUUGUGGAUUGGGGGUUAAGGACUUGAGGAAGUUUAAUGUGGCGUUAUUAGGAAAAUGGUGGGGGAGACUAAUGUCGGAAGGAAAAGGAUUAUGGAAAACUGUCAUUUGUGAGAAGUAUGGAAGGGUAGGGGAAUCAACCUAUAACAUGCUGAGGGGGGGAAUACAAUUUGGAUCAACUUGGUGGAGGGAUAUCUGUAGAGUGAAUCAGGCAGUUGGUGAUAACAGGGGCUGGCUUACUAAUGGAUUGAAAAUAAAUGUAGGGGAAGGGGCAGGAGUAAGUUUUUGGUGGGAUGAGUGGGGUGAGGGAGAGAGUCUUGCUAACAAGUUUCCAAGACUUUACUCAUUGUCUAUAGGAAAGAACAAUAGCAUAAGUCAAAUGGGAGGGUGGCAAAAUGCAUCAUGGGUGUGGAAACUAAUGUGGAAGAGAAGCUUGCACAGUUGGGAAAUGCAAGAAGGAAAAGGAAGGAUGGGAGUGCAUAUGGUUUGCCACAAUAUGGACAAUAUGGCUAACAAGAAACGGGAGGGUAUUCAAAAGAAAGGAAACAGACAGAAGAAAAAUGCUAGAGCUGGAUCUGGCAAGCUGUCUAAAGUUUACUAUGUAGGCAGAAGGAAAAACAAAGAAUAUACAACCAUCAGGUUAGAUGAGGCGUAUGUGGAAUGUGGGGAUGAUCAACUUUUGCUUGAUGAGUUUCCAGAUGAAUGUGUACCACAAGAAGAGGUAGAUGCAAUUUUGAGUUUUUGUCAUGACAAAGAAGCUGGUGGUCAUUUUGGUGCCUCCAAAACAGCAUCUAAGGUUUUGCAAUGUGGAUUUUAUUGGCCCUCUUUAUUUAAAUAUGCUUAUGCAUAUGGCAUAGAUUUCAUGAGUCCUUUUCCUUCGUUUUUUGGUAAGGAGCAUAUUCUUGUUGCAGUAGAUUAUGUGAGUAAAUGGGUAAAUGCUAUUGCAUGUCCUACUAAUGAUGCUAGGGUGGUUGUUAAAUUUUUGAAGAGUAAUAUUUUCACUAGAUUUGGCACACCUAGAGCUGUCGUUAGUGAUGGAGGUAAACACUUUUGUAAUAAGCAAUAUGAAAAUUUAUUGGCUAAAUAUGGUGUUACUCAUAAAAUUGCUACUCCAUAUCACCCUCAAACAAGUGGGCAAGUUGAGGUGUCUAAUAGGAAAUUGAAAAGAAUUUUGGAAAAGAUAGUUAACUUGUCUAGGAAAGAUUGGUCACUUAAAUUAGAUGAUGCACUUUGGGCUUAUAGGACAGCUUACAAAACUCCUAUAGAUAUGUCUCCUUAUAGGUUAGUUUUUGGUAAGACUUGUCACAUUCCUGUGGAACGUGAGCAUAAGGCAUAUUGGACUACUAAAUACUUGAAUUUUGAUUUGAAAGAUGCAGGUGAACAUAGAAAAUUGCAGUUGAAUUAAUUGAAAAAACUACGACUUGGUGCGUAUGAAAAUGCCAAGAUUUAUAAGGAAUGAACCCAGGCAUUGCAU